GACUGUCAUAAAGCAUUUUGUAUCUGACCACACAAGUGUGCUUGUCCUGCAGCGUUCUGCUCUGCAAACCAACAAUAUGAUUCCGUUAAUAGCCAUCCUCCUCCAGGCUGCUCUCUUCACAGACGCCAGAGUCUUUGAUCCUUGCAAUGCAUACAUCAGUCUCAAUGAGCCUUGGCGCAACACGGAGUAUCACGUCAACAACUCCAGGGGUGUGCCUCUGUGUGAUCAACAUGUUUCGGGGGAGUGGUACAGAUUCACCGGCAUGGCUGGUGACGCCAUGCCGACGUUCUGCAUCGAGGAGAACCACUGCGGCACCCACGCCCCCAUCUGGCUAAACGGUAGCCACCCUCAGCUCAACGAGGGCAUCGUCUCUCUGCCAGCCUGCGCCAGCUUCAAUGACAAUUGCUGCCACUGGACGGCCAACGUGGACAUCAAGGCCUGCCCAGGGGGCUACUAUGUGUACCGCCUGCCAAGACCCUCUGUCUGCUUCCAUGUCUACUGUGGACAUUUCUAUGACAUCUGUGAUGAGGAGGAGUGCGUUGGGCCCCACUGUGGAGAACCUGAGUGUCGCUGUGGCAACGGAACCGUCCUUGGGCUUGAUGGACAGACCUGCCUAGAUGUGAACGAGUGUGAGAAGGGGAAUGGCGGCUGUGCCGAGGUGUGUGUAAACACCAAGGGUUCCCGACAGUGCGAGUGCCGGCCAGGCCGUGUGCUGGCCGCUGAUGGACGCACCUGCAAAGAGAUUGAGGGCUGCCACAGUGGGAAUGGAGGCUGCAGCCAUGGCUGCUCUGGGCCUCAGGACUCCUAUUACUGCCACUGUCCACGGGGACUGAUGUUGGCUCUGGACAAACGCACCUGCCAGGGUCAGAACUUUCCUGUGCAGUGUGGCUCCAGCUUCAUAGAAGUCUCUGUGCCAAAGGAGCUGGUGGGAGGCCUGGAGCUCUUCCUGGCCAACGACUCCUGCCGGGGUGUCUCCAAUGGCACCCACAUCAACCUCAACUUCAGCCUGAGGACCUGCGGCACUGUGGUGGAGGUGGUCGACGACAAAAUCGUGGGCACCAACCUGGUGACUGGCCUCCCUGUCUCUGGCCCCGGGAGCGGCGGCAGCAGCGAGCUCAUCAUCCGCACCAGCAAGCUCCUGCUUCCGGUCACCUGUGAGUUCCCGCGCCACUACGAGGUGUCCGACGGCUACCUGCCCAGCCUGCCCGGCUCGGCCCUGGAGCUAGCCGGCCACAGUGAGGGCCUCUUCCCCUUCAGCCUGGAGCUGUUCAAGAGCGCCGAGUUCGCCGAGCCAUACCGCGCGCCGCCACAGCUCCACCUGCGCGACUGGCUCUACUUCGGCGUUGAGCCCAAGGGCGAGCGAGUGGACGGGCUGGCGGCGCUGGUGGAGAGCUGCUUCGCUACACCGGGCCGCAGAGCGGACCAGGGGGUCAAGUACUACCUCAUCAAGGACGGCUGUAUCUCAGAUGAGACUGUUCACCAGUACAGUGCUAAGGACCAGCUCUCUAAGCACUACCAUGUCCCGGUGUUCAAGUUUGUGGGCAAGGACAACCGAGAGGUAUUCCUGCACUGCCGUGUGUUGGUGUGUGGGCAGGCGGAGGGGGAGUCUCGCUGUACGCAGGGCUGCCGGAGACGCCUGCGGAGGGACCUAUGGACCGACCAACACCAGCAGCAAACAGUGCUCAUCGGAGGACCCAUCCAGAUACUGCCCUAGCUAUGACACACACACACACACACACACACACAC